AUGUCCAAGACGAAAGCUUCGAAACCAAGAGCGUACACUGCCUAUCUGGUGAUUACCCUGGUUACUUCCUCUGUCCACCUUUCCAAGGCCCGAUCCAGUCUUCUGCCGAGGAGUGGUGGCUGGCCACAAUGCGGGCAGUUCAUCGAUAUCAAUUAUAACGGUCCCCCUGGCACGAUGCUGUGCGGAACGUCCGACCGGGAAAAUUAUCAGUGUGACAAGGAUAAGUGUAACUCGGGAGAGGGACCCAGUAGUGACCCUAAGCAGCACCCUUGUGAGAAGAGAAAUUUGAUCCGAUUCCUAUAA